AUGAGCUUCUACCUCUGCCUCCUCACGGCUGCGUUUUUCCUUCGCCCUCUUAAGCGCGAGGAUCCCACAGUGAAACCCGUUAUCGAGCGGAGCGGUCAAUACGCAGACGGCUGCUUCAUCUGGACACACGAGGAGAGUUCCCAUGUGGCUCAGACAGAAGCUACGAGUGUGGAUCAGACGAGUGUGGAGCAGACGAGUGUGGGCCAGACGAGUGUGGACCAGACGAGUGUGGAGCAGACGAGUGUGGGCCAGACGAGUGUGGAGCAGACGAGUGUGGACCAGACGAGUGUGGACCAGACGAGUGUGGAGCAGACGAGUGUGGGCCAGACGAGUGUGGGCCAGACGAGUGUGGAGCAGACGAGUGUGGACCAGACGAGUGUGGAGCAGACGAGUGUGGGCCAGACGAGUGUGGGCCAGACGAGUGUGGGCCAGACGAGUGUGGGCCAGACGAGUGUGGGCCAGACGAGUGUGGGCCAGACGAGUGUGGAGCAGACGAGUGUGGGCCAGACGAGUGUGGAGCAGACGAGUGUGGGCCAGACGAGUGUGGACCAGACGAAUGUGGACCAGAAGCUCUCAUUGUGA